AUGCGGUUUGUCCCCAUGACCCCACAACUGUCACUGCUGCUGGACAGCUCGGCCUGCAGUGCCGGGAUUGGCAGAACGGGCACGUUAAUGGCUCUGGAUAUUCUCCUGAAGAUGGCGCACGCGGUGAAGAAGGUGAACGUGUAUAACUGUGUGUCCGGGCUGCGGAAGAAGAGAGUGAAGAUGGUGCAGGAAAAGGAGCAGUACAUCUUCCUCUACGACGCCUUGCUGGAAGGUCUCCUCUGCGGGAACACCAUCGUUUCGGUCUCGGACAUUCAAAAACACAUCCGCCACAUGUCCGUGCGGGAUAACAGGACCAAGAUGAGCGGAUACGACAAGGAAUUCCAGGUUCUGCAGAAACUCUCAGAAUUAUAUCAAAUCUAUCAGUGUAAAGAAGGGAAGAAGCCCGAAAAUCAUGAGAAGAAUCAAUACCCCAACAUCCUGCCAGGUGACCAUUGGCGUCCGGUUCUGAUGUCGGCACUGAGCGUGCGGGGGACUCCCGGAUACAUCAACGCUGUGUUUGUUAAUUCCAACAGCCAGGAAGACGCCAUGAUCGUCACCCAACUACCCACGAGGCAGACGCUGAACGACUUCUGGGCCAUGGUCUGGGAUUAUAAAUGUACAUCCAUGGUGAUGAUGCAGAGAGCGCAGGACCUGAACGAGAACAGUUUCCAGUUCUUCCCGGAUAAAGGAGAGACCAGUUACGGGUUUUACAAGGUCAGGAGGACCGCGAGGACCUCUAAGAAUGGAUACUCGGGAUCAACGGACAAUGUAACUAACGAGUGA